AGUUUUACUUCCACCAAUCCAUUGAAGAGGCCAGGAGUUUGAGAAACCAUGAACACACAAGGUGGAAUAGAGGACAACGCAGCGCUAUUAGGCAAUGCACAAAUUGCCCGAUACCUAUUUGGAAGUUUUGAUGCCAUGGCUAUACGAUGUUGUGUGGAGCUUGGUAUUGCUGACAUAAUAAGCAAUUACAAUCGCCCAACAACAUUGUCAGAAAUCACCACUGGUAUCAACUCUCCGUCAGUAAAUGUUGAUGGGCUUGGACGACUCAUGAGGUUCUUGGUUCAUAGAAAGGUCUUCGAUGAACUGCCUCAACCAGAGGAGGAUGGAGAUGGAGAAACAGUUUACUCGCUAAACCACUACUCUAACUGGCUUCUGAGCCACACAAAUGUGACAAUGGCACCGAUGGUUAUGUUUUUUACGGAUCCGUUCAUGCUUUCACCUCUUCGGAACCUAAGUCGCUCAAUUAAAGAAGGUGAUUCAGCAUUCAAAAUGACCCACGGAGACGACAUAUUUGAUUUUUCAUUGAUCAAUUCGGAGUUCAACAAAAUGUUCAACAACGCUAUGGCAUGCACUACUAAGUUCACCAUGGAUGUCAUCAUGUCGAAUUACAAAAAUGGAUUUCUUGGGAUGAAAGGAACUGUGGUAGAUGUUGGAGGUGGUACUGGUGGUGCAAUAUCUGCGAUUGUGAAGACAUAUCCACAUCUUAAAGGGAUCAACUUUGAUUUGCCACAGGUGAUUUCCAAUGCACCAACAUACGAUGAUGUUACUAAUGUUGCUGGUGACAUGUUUCAGGCCAUUCCUCCUGCGGAAACGAUCUUCAUGAAGUGGAUAUUGCACAAUUGGAGCAAUGAUGAUUGUGUUAAGAUACUAAAAAAUUGCCGAAAAGCGAUACCUAUGGAUACUGGAAAAGUCAUUAUCGUGGAGAUCGUUCAACACCCUGGACAACAUGAUCUGCUCAACGAUGUACGCGUUCCAUUUGAUCUAACCAUGUUUGCAUACUUUUCUAGGGGAAGGGAACGAACCGAAGGUGAAUGGAAGAAAUUACUUGAGGAAGGUGGGUUUCACCGUCACAAGAUUAUUUAUAUUCCCGAGAUUGUAUCAAUUAUUGAAGCCUUUCCGAUAUGAAUUCAUUGGUAAAAGUUCUCUAUAUGAAUGUUUACGCAAUAAGACAUGUUUCAUGUAUUUUUCUUGGUUUUAAUCAAUCUCAAAUGAUAAUUACUAUUUAAGGUUAAGGUUCUAGUCAAAGCGAUUUAAGGUUCUAGCCAAAUCGAUUUGAAGUGUACCAAACUUGUUCUGAGUGUUAAAUGUAUGCAUGAUCAUUAACGGUUCAUGGAUGAACUUUUGUUGUAGUUAAA